AAAUCCAUAAGAAAUAAUAAAAAUCUGAGAGAGGGCUGAGCUGGAGGGACUCGGCUUUGCAAGGGUUAAAGGGAACAGAGCUGCCUUCCUAGAGAGGACAGGAAGCAAGAGGGGGCUGGUCCUCCAGAGCCAAGGCCCCUCCCUCCCCAGUCCUUUCCUGCAAGGAAGGGGGGGUGUUGCUUUGCUGACUCUCCUGCAAGGGCCGAAUCGCAGCCCCCUCCUGGGAUCUGGAUUUACUGCAGCUUCUCAUUUAGACGGACAGAACUUGGUAGAAGACCAAAGGGUUCCUUCCAAUCUCUCAGAGGCUUCCUGAGAGCACAGAUGGAUGAGCAAGACUCAGCUGGCCCUGGAACAGGAAGAGGCCAUGCCAACCAAACUGGGAGCAGUGGGGGGUUAUGGGAAAACACUGUGCAGAAGAUCCUGGGUGAGGAGGACACCCUCUGCUCAGAGGUGCAGAGCCAGCAGUUGAGGCAGUUCUGCUGCCAGGAGGCCAAAGGACCCCGAGAGGUUUGCAGCCGACUCUACCACCUUGACCAUCAGUGGCUGAAGCCGGAAAGGCACACGAAAGCUGAGAUGCUGGACCUGGUGAUCUUGGAGCAGUUCCUGGCUGUCCUUCCCCUGGAGAUGGAGAGCUGGGUGAGGGACUGUGGAGUGGAGACCAGUUCCCAGGCGGUGGCCCUGGCCGAAGGUUUCCUCCUGAGUCAGGCAGAGGAGAGAAAGCAGGGAAAGGAUCUCUUUGCAGAAAUGGACCUGGAUUCUUGUGAGGCAGAGAGGCCUCCGUUGGACACCAGAGAGAGGCCACUGGGUGACAGAAUGAUGCCGGCAAGACCUCCUGAUCCGCCUUUUCAUGGGGGCAGAAGGGAAGCAGCGGCUGUGGAACCAUAUCAGGGUGCAGUGUGCUUUGAAGAUGUCGCUGUUCGUUUCACGGACGAGGAGUGGGCGUUGCUGGAUCCUGACCAGAGAGCUCUGCAUAAGGACGUCAUGGAGGAGAAUUGUGGGAUCAUGUCCUCUCUUGGUAAGGCUCCCUGUGGGAUCGUCAUAUCUGCCUGGAAAUUCAAAAAAUACGUCUAUGGACCAACCUCAUAUAUUUUCACAGAGUUCAAUGUCAGCUUCAACCUUCCGCAAUUUUGA